CGUGGAUUUGUCACAUGGAAGCAAGGGAAUUUGGGAUCAUCACAGAUUAGCAUGUUUUGCAAUUAUUGUUAUUUAUUGGUAUCAAGGGAAACAAGAAUAUGGAAUGCCGUUUUUAUUCAUGCAAGGACAAAAGUAUCUAUAUUAUUCUGAAAGAUAGGGAAACAACUGUUCUUGGUAGAGGUCCGCUAACGAAAAUAAACGACGUAAAAUGCUCUCGGGAACAUGUUGAGGUAACUGCUGAUUAUCAAUCAAAAGAGAUUGAACUGAAACAGUUAGGGAGAAAUCAUAGUGCAGUUGGAUCAACACUUCUUAAGAGAGGAGAGAGGAAUUUUCUGGGUCCUGGUGCUGUCUUCUCAUUUCUUGACGGAAAGCACAACUUUCGUGUUCAAUUUAUAGACACCAAUACUCCACUGUUAGAAGAAGGAAAUCUAGAGAAGACUUCUUGUGCAAAUAAAUUUAAAUGUACUUUUCAAAACAUUAGAAGAUCCUUAUCCAAAGAAACGCUUGUAAAAUCUGACAAAAUACCGUCUAUAUCCUUGAAAACAAAAAAGGGAGCAAGUUGUGACGAUCCGGUGCCUGGUUUUCACGCUGUGAUGGACUCAAACAAAGAAGAAAAUCUCUUGCCAGCAUCAGGCUGUCAAAAGAGUGGAGACGCACCACCGUUUGAAUCCCCAUCUGGAAAGAGAAAGCGUAAAAGAAGUGAUGACCCCCAUACGGCUGCUUCUGAAACACCAAAAAAAUUGAGAAAAUCAUUAAGUGGAAAACUACUUUCUUGCGUUUCUGCCGAGGAUGAGACAGAUGUAGACAUGGACAACCUGAAGGCUGAGUUUGGUAAUGAUAUUUUGAAAGAACUUGAAAAGGAAUUGAGUCGAUCGGGUGAUUCACAAGCUAUUUCUAACGCUCAGAAAAUAGAUUCUUCAAGAAACAAACAACAUGACUUGAAUUUUAAAAACAUGAAAACUUCUGAACAAGCAGCGACAGAGGUAAAGGAAAACUCAUGGAAACUUCAAGAAGGACUAAUGGUGUUCUGUGGAAAAGGUGUGAAAGCAAGAGAAAAGGUGGCAUGCUUCGAUCUUGAUGGUACCCUUAUCUGCACAAAAUCAGGAAAGGUUUUUCCAACUGGGCCUGACGAUUGGAAGUUAUUAUUUGCCAACGUGAAGAGCAAAAUCAAGCAACUACAUGAUGCAAGUUAUAAGAUUGUUUUGUUUACAAAUCAGAAAGGCCUUGGAAAAUGGAAGGUAUCUGUAGAUGAGUUCAAGCAAAAAAUUACAAAAAUACAAGAAGCUUUGGAUACUCCAUUGCAGUGCUUUGUGGCAACUGGGGUGGAUAAAUACAGAAAACCAGUGACAGGAAUGUGGCAAGAAUUGUGUAGCAAAUACAAUGACAGUGUAGCGAUCGACAUCCCGCUUUCCUUCUAUGUUGGAGAUGCAGCUGGGAGACCAGCUGGCUGGGUUAAAGGGAAGAAAAAGGACUUUUCUUGUGCGGAUCGUUGUUUUGCUGCGAACAUUGGACUGAACUUUCAUACUCCGGAUGAGUUCUUUCUUAACUGGAACAAAGCCGCUUUCACUUGGCCUCAGUUCAAACCCAGGACUUUGAUGAAAAGUCAACAACUGCUACACCCUGGAAAUUCAAAUGCUGCAUUAGCAAGACAGACGCAAGAGAUUGUCCUCAUGGUUGGAUUUCCUGCAUGUGGCAAAUCGUCUUUUGCCAAGAAAUACUUCGUGUCGAAGGGAUAUUCUCAUAUCAGUCGGGACACACUAGGUACUUGGCAAAAAUGUGUCACAAAUUGCCGUUCUGUGAUUUCCCAGGGGAAGAGUGCUAUUAUUGACAAUACAAAUCCAGACAAAGUCAGCAGAAAAAGAUAUAUCUCUAUUGCUGCUGAGAAAAAAGUUCCAAUAAGAUGUUUCCAGUUUACAACAUCAAUGGAGCAUGCUGUUCACAAUAACAAGUUUCGAGAGCUAACGAACACAGACAAGAAUUAUAAGCAUGUCGGGGCAAUGGUAUUCAACAUGUAUAAGAGCUCCUUCCAAGAACCUGAUGUAAACGAAGGAUUUGAGGAAGUUGUCAAGUCGUAUAUUAGGUCUGUGGUGUUACACAUUGCCGAACUGAACAAGGUAAAAAGGCAAGAAAGACAAGAUGGCUGCCUUGUUGGCUUUGAUGGCAACUGCAACACUUUUAUGUUUGAAUAUUGAAAUGACGUCUGGAAGACCGGGUAAAGCUGUCUUCGAAGGCGACAUGGCUUUCACAACUGAGCAAAUCGAGAUUGUCAAGGAAUCGAUCAAGACAAAAAAGGAUAUCGAGGAGGUGGCUUCAGUAAAAUACGCAGCUACAAACGCGGCUUUUCCGAAGUGGAC